AUGAAUAUCCGUCUGAUCACUUUUAUUGUAGCUCUAACAAGCCUAUCUAUCCAGUCAAAAGUUGAACGAUCUUUAGAAUGUCCAUUUGGCUAUGAUCAGGUCGAUCAUGUCAAAGUAAGCGAACGUCAAAUUUCCAGUAUGUCGGAUAAACUGAAUUACUCCAAAGAAGUCAACUACAGUCUCGUGAAGUCGGAUCUGAUAAAGUUGAUGACCGACACGCAGGAUUUCUGGCCUGCUGACUUUGGUCACUACGGUGGUCUAUUCAUUCGCCUGGCAUGGCACUGCAGCGGCUCGUACCGUCGUGCUGAUGGCCGUGGUGGCUGUGAUGGUGGCCGUAUUCGCUUUAAUCCCGAGCGUAGCUGGAAUGAUAACACGAACCUGGAUAAGGCAUUGAGAUUGCUGGAACCUAUCAAGACCAAAUACGGCGACACACUAUCGUGGGGUGAUUUAAUCGUACUGUCGGGUGACGUUGCUAUUCAAAGUAUGGGAGGUCCUGUGCUGGGCUUCUGUGGUGGCCGUCGAGACGACGUUGAUGGCACAAAUAGUCUUGAGCUGGGUCCGACACCUGAGCAGCAGAGUGUGGCACCGUGCACAAAGGAGAAUCAGUGUCAGAAUCCUCUGGGUUCAACGACAAUAGGAUCCAUCUACGUGAAUCCUGAAGGCCCGAUGGGCAACUCAGACCCGGUCGGCUCAGCCGCGGAAGUCCGCGACACGUUUGCACGCAUGGGAAUGAACGAUCGCGAGACAGUUGCUCUAAUAGGUGGAGGUCAUGCAUUCGGCAAAACUCACGGUGCCUGUUUGACAGGUCCCGGUUGUCGCUGGCGCAGUUGA